AUGGCCCUCUUUCUGCUGUUGCUCGGCCUUGGAUUGGUUCUUGUGGCGCCUUCAGAAAGCACAGCGGAGGGAAUUACAGAAAAAACGUCACAGGAAGAAAUGCAACGCACGGCAAAAUGGACCGUUGAGGAAUCAGUGAACUCGACCCUAUCAGAUAAAAAUAUCAGCCCCAGCAUAUCCAAGGAUGUGAUGUCUGCCCCAGCCCCAACACCCAGAAGGUUCUAUUUUGUCAUCCUCAAGGGAAAUACUUCGAGUAAUGAUAAAAACUGUCUAAGCGGCCUGGUAGGCUGGAGAAACAUUUUAGAAGUGAAUGAGUCAUGCCAGCUGGGCAGUAAUAACUUCAUACCUGGGCGCACAGAUGUGAUGCGUGGAGUUCCCAAGGCCACCAGCUGGAAGUGUGGACAAACACGGAACCUAAGCUGCCUCAAGAGCCUGGGGCUGGAGCACGCCGUGUGCAAGGUCACUGCAGGUCAGCAGUGCCCCAGGUGUCCCGAGCACAGGGUCACCUCCUUAAAGAGAAUCUUAACAGUGCUGACCAGCCACUCUCUCAUGAGCUGGUUAGUCAGUGGCUCUAAGCUGUAG